AUGGCUGGCCCUCCUACCACUUAUCUACUAAGGCGCGAUCGAGUCGAAGCCAUCAGACUUGGAUCCCAGCAUCUAGCGUGGCAACAGUAUUUGAAUCAUCUUCUUCACCCUGAUAUACCCAUCAAGGAUAACACGACGAUUGCGGACAUUGGGGCAGGCACAGGAAUCUGGGCCAUCGAGGUAGCCAAUCAGUUGCCCUCGUCGCAGGUAACAGCAUUUGAUGUCGCUGACACACACUUCCCGAGUCCAGAAUACUGGCCUUCCAACGCAAAGUUCGAUUUGCUUGAUUCACUGCACGAUGUUUCCUCAGAGCUAGAAGGAAAGUUUGAUGUGGUUCAUCUACGCAUGUGGGCGUUUGUUGUCCGUAAUGAUGAUCCUAAUCCACUGAUCCAGCAUGCCGCAAAAUUGCUAAAGCCUGGGGGCUAUGUCCAAUGGGAAGAUGCUCGGUUCGAGAGCAUUGUGGUCAAAGGCGAACCCGCAGUUCAGUUCCGGCAACUGAUGAGACAGAUGAGCAAAGCCGCAAGGCUCAAUUUUCAGUGGCUUGAGGAGCUCGAUCAGCGCGUGAAGUGCGCGGGUGCUCAGCUGGAAGUAGUCGACUUCCAGAAGCAACCGUGGAAGUCAAAUCAUAUUCCGCUGGUUAUGGAUACAUUUUUAGUAGCUCUGGAGAAUAGCGGUGCAAGUCUAGGCAACUUAAAGGGGGUUGAUCCGUCUGUACCAAGCUCGGAGGAAUGGAUGGAGGCCCUAGAGGCCUUGCACAAAGACACCUGCAAGCCUAGUGGCAUUAUGGAAACAGGGCUAUACUUUGCAACGCCCUUCCGUCUGUCACUCAGCGUUUUCAUAGAAGACAACAAUGUCCAAAAUAAUGCUGCUAAAUUAAGCCUAAUACUUGCCCCGUCAAUUAGGGUCGCUGCUGGGCUGGAGUGA